CGUGAGAGAUAGAGGUUUGGGCUCAAUUCAAAUCCCUGAUUGUCACUCCGUCGUCGAGGACUUUUGAGCUUUGGCACAGACUCGCAAACAAAAAGCAAAGCAUCACAGAAAAAAGGGUAACAGAGAGAGAGUAUGGAAUUGGAAAUGGAAGGAAAUAGUGGGAACGAAGAAGAAAGUGACAUCAUCGGUGGAGGUGGUGGGAAAGUAAAUUUAUCGGCAUCGGAGAUAGAGUAUGUGAGCUACGAAGGAGAAGAUCAUCUGCCGCUGAUAAUGGGGCUGGUGGACCAAGAACUGAGCGAACCUUACUCCAUCUUCACGUACAGGUACUUCGUGUAUCUGUGGCCGCAGCUGUGUUUUCUGGCAUUCCACAGAGGCAAAUGCGUGGGGACGGUGGUGUGCAAGAUGGGAGAGCAUCGCAACACAUACAGAGGCUACAUCGCCAUGCUUGUUGUCAUCAAGCCCUACAGAGGAAAAGGCAUUGCUACCCAACUAGUUACCAGAUCUAUUCAAGUCAUGAUGGAAUCAGGCUGUGAAGAGGUAACACUAGAAGCAGAAGUGACAAAUAAAGGAGCACUGGCGUUGUAUGGGCGCCUUGGAUUUAUCAGGGCAAAAAGGCUUUUCCGGUACUACUUGAACGGGGUUGAUGCUUUCCGUCUCAAGCUGCUGUUUCCCCCCCGCCCAGACUUACUCUCCCAGUCCCAGUCCCAGUCCCAGUCCUCCCCACCUUUACAUUGCAAUUUACAUGAAUGACCCUGGAUUCAGUUUUGACACAUCAGGAUAAGCUCCUUUCUUUCUUUCUUGUAUUCUAUUAACUUGUUUUGGAAUUCUCUCUUUCAUUUGAAUUUUCAGAUGAGAUGUAUCUUCAUUACUAGAAGUACCAUUUCACUUCUUUAAUCCUUUUCCAAA